AGAGAGAAUAGAAAGCGAGGCAGAAAGCACAAAAAGCCAAAGGAAGAACUGUCGCAGGCGGGUCAUCAGGAGGUCGUCGCGCGUGAAGCCGACUAUGAAACACAAGCCGUGCCUUCUUGGAUAGUAUCGGCUCCCGCCCAGUCUGAAGUCGGUCGAGACGCGCCAUUCAGGUGCGCUGAUUCAGAAGUCAAGGCGUAUUUCCGCACUGUCGACAUGCAGAUUUGCGAAUGGCAGGAGCAGAGUGGCGCCAUGUAA